GACUGGCAGUUUGCUGCUCCCUGACCAUACAUAAAGACUGGGGAUUUGGCGACAGAAGUGACUGAAGGUAUUGUUCAGACAUUUGUUCAGGAAUUUCCUGCCCAGCUUGCAAACUGCUCAGUAAAAAAAAAAGAAAAAAUCAAAGAAAGAAUUCCUGGAGUCACUUCCAUGUCUUUAACUAAUCUCGCUGCCUCUGUAAUGAAACCCACAACCCUCGACCUCAAUUAUAAGUCUUCUAGAACUGAGAGGUGACACUCGUGGACAUUUGAUGUCCGUCUUCUGGAUGGACGCAGUUCUUUUUUUUUUUUUUUUUAUACUAUCGAAUGCGAUUCCCCUUGUAACCUCCACUUCCUGGAGCUUUAAACUGCACCCAGCGUAUCGCCGUCUUUGGAAAUAAGCAGUUGCUGUAGGGAAACAUUCCUCUCCGUCGCUUCGCAUGCUGCUUACUUUCUCGCUCGCUUCGCAUCCUGCUCCGUCGUCUUCUUCCAUGUGACCUUGUUAAAGCGACGACACCUCAUACCUGAUCUGGAAGAGGCAGCGGCGCUGGGGUGAGGAUGUGUCAGAGCCAUUCCUGGGUGAUGGAGUAAUGGGAGAAACUGCAGCGAGAGCUCACACAGGGAACAGAUGCCGGGCACUCUUGUAGCCAGCUUAUCAAAGCAGCAGCGACGACUGGACGGCUGGUGUAUGGGAAGUGUCCACUAAGCUCGGGAACACAUCAGCACUGGAGGAGAUCGGGAACGAAUGACUGCAAACCAUGAGACAUACCUUCUUAUGGCCAGCACGCAGAAUGACAUGGAAGACUGGGUGAAGUCUAUCCGUAGAGUCAUAUGGGCACCAUUCGGGGGAGGUAUCUUUGGUCAGAAGCUUGAAGACACGGUACGGUAUGAGAAGCGAUAUGGUGCACGGCUGGCCCCCAUGUUGGUGGAGCAGUGUGUGGACUUCAUCCGGCAGCGAGGGCUGACAGAGGAAGGAUUAUUUCGACUACCUGGACAGGCUAACCUGGUGAAGGAAUUACAAGAUGCCUUUGACUGUGGGGAGAAGCCAUCAUUUGACAGUAAUACAGAUGUCCACACAGUAGCCUCCCUUCUGAAGCUGUACCUGCGAGAGCUGCCGGAGCCUGUCAUCCCAUAUUCAAAGUAUGAAGAUUUCCUCUCAUGUGCCAAACAGCUGAGCAAGGAGGAGGAAUCAGGUGUAGCUGAAUUAGUGAAGCAAGUGAAAAGCCUUCCGACAGUAAAUUACAAUCUAUUGAAGUAUAUCUGUAGGUUUUUGGAUGAAGUUCAGUCAUAUUCUGGGGUGAAUAAAAUGAGUGUACAGAACCUUGCUACAGUAUUUGGUCCCAAUAUUUUGCGUCCCAAGGUGGAGGAUCCCAUGACUAUAAUGGAAGGUACCGUUGUGGUUCAGCAGUUAAUGGCAGUGAUGAUAAGCGAACAUGAAAUACUUUUCCCCAAAGAUGGAGAUGCCCAAAUUGGACAAGAGCUGAGCAACAAUAAUAAUGAAUUACAGAAGAAAAUGAUUUUAGGCCAAAUACAAAACAAAGAGAACAAUAACACAAAGGACAUAGCAGUGAGACGAUGUUCAUGGGAGAAAUCAGAUUCUCCACAAAGGUCCAGUGCUGACAAUGGUUCUCCCACUGGACUCUCAGGAAGUAAAUCCAAUAGCCCAAGGAAUAGUAUUCACAAACUUGAUGUUUCCCGAAGCCCACCACUCAUGGUGAAAAAAAAUCCAGCAUUUAAUAAGGGUAGUGGAAUUGUCACCAAUGGGUCCUUUAGUAGCUCAGUGGAAGUACAUGACAAGCAUCACUCAUUACCUAACGGUACAUUACAGGCCAGGAGAACCUCUUCUCUAAAGAGCUCGGGAACAAAAAUGGGUACCCACAGUGUGCAAAAUGGAGCAGUCAAAAUGGGAGUGUCCAGUACAGACACAAUGAGCAAUGCUUUGAACAGUAGGACCACAAUUUGGCUGCCCAAUGGGUACGUCACAUUGAGAGACAACAAACAGAAAGACUCCACAGGUGAAUCGGUUCAACAACAUAGGCUGUCUACAUAUGAUAAUGUCCAGCAACAGUUCUCCAUGAUGAACUCUGAUGACAAACAAAGCAUAGACAGUGCAACAUGGUCUACGUCAUCAUGUGAAAUAUCCCUUCCCGAAAACUCCAACUCCUGCCGCUCCUCUACAACAACUUGUCCAGAGCAGGACUUUUACAGUGGGAACUUUGAAGACCCGGUUUUAGAUGGACCUGUCAAUGAGGAUAUUAACAACCCAGCAGACUUUGAGACCAAAUUUGAUAGAAGAAGUGCAGGGGGUCGCAGUAGCAGGGCUACCAGUAGCAGUGACAACAGUGAGACUUAUGUAGUGAGUAACUCAACCAAUCAUAGUGCAUUGCACAGCCUUGUGUCCAGUUUAAAGCAGGAAAUGUCCAAACAGAAAAUGGAGUUUGAGACAAGAAUAAAAAGCCUGGAACAAAGAAAUCUAACUCUGGAGACAGAAGUUCUUUCCUUACACGAGGAGCUUGAACAAGAAAAGAAAAAAUACACAAUGGUGGAAAUUAAAAUGAGGAAUGCCGAACGUGCAAAAGAGGACGCUGAGAAAAGAAACGAUAUGUUGCAGAAGGAGAUGGAGCAAUUUUUCUCAACCUUUGGAGACCUUACAGUUGAACCUCGUAGACCAGAAAGAGGGAACACAAUAUGGAUUCAGUAAAGUGGCCCAAAGUAUGUCGGACAGUGAGAUGUAGCUGUAGAUUUUUAAAGGGAGGGUAUGCAGGUGGCUGGUCACCUGAUAUUCCUAUCACGUGGUACUCUCUAAGGAGAAAGGAGACUAUAACUAACCAACAUGUUAAGCACUGUCCACCUAACAGAGUCUGUUCUAUUAUUACAUGCUCCAUCAAUGCUACUGUCAAGUGUUACAACUGGAUGUGUGUACAUAGUAAAAAAAAAGUGUUAUGUUAUAAAAGCAGAGUUGUAUUCAAAGAAUUAUAAUAAUGCAAGUAUUGUAUUUAAAAUGGCAAAUUGAUAUGUUGUUGCAGUUAAGCUUUAUAUGAAGUCUAUAUAUACCCUUGCACUUAAACAUAAUACAAUAUUUUUGCGCAUUGUGCUACCAUCGGCUUAUUUUGUAUAUGAAUUGUUGAUUCCCAUGUUGACAGGGAAUGAACGAAGAAAAAAAACCAUAGGAUGAUACUUUGUGAAUUUGAUGUUUGUGCCAACUAACUUGCCUAUGACCAAAAGAAAGUGUACAGAAUUUUAUAAAGCAUUACAGCAAGACUG